AUGUUCAGCGCGGAGCACCCGGACUGGGCCUGCAGGUGCUGCUCGCCAGGGGCCACGGGCCAGGGGCCGCUGGAGUCUCGCUGGUCCGUCUACGUGGCGGUCACGCCGCAGCUCGGGGACGCAGUCGGCUCGUCUCCGAGCCCAGGCGGGCGCGAAGCGGCGGUCACGCCGCAGCACGGGGACGCGGUCGCCCCCGCGCCAGCGACCUCGGACGGGCGCCUCCACAGGGGGAGGGAGUGCUCCUCGCAGGGGCCCAACUUCGGCCACGUGGCCACCCCGAAGGAGUGCGACCAGCUCGCCGCGAGCGAGGCGGAGUGUGGCAGCGCCUUCAUGUUCAGCGUGAGGCACCCAGAGUGGCAGUGCCGCUGCUGUGCACCAGCAGGCGCCGACGGCGGGCCGUCGAGCGAUGCCUGGGAUGUAUACCGGGUCUGUGUAUUAGCAGUCUGUUUUUCUUCUCCCAUCCCCACGCUGCCGCCUGUGUCCCAGCCAUUCGCCGGGCUGCCCAUCGUGUCGCCAGCCCCUCAGUGGCUGGCGCGGGAGGACGCACUGGUUGUCGACGCGCGUGCGAACGCAGCAGAGGGCCGCGCCAGCGGCGGCAUCUUGAUCGUGCAGGCCGUCCUGGCGGACGCUGGUUCUAUCUGGGGCCGCCAGUCUGCGAGGCCGCAGUGGCUGCGGGCCAUCCUGGCGACGAACCGGGCGCACGCGCGCAGGCACGGCCAUGCCAUGAUCUUACGGGCCCAGCCCACGCAGCCGCAGCUGACCCGGUGGCAGCUGCGGCAGUGCGGCAAGAAGAGCACGCUCGAGUGCGUGAAGGAUAACGAGCGAGAGAACUUCAACUGGGAGAAGCACCUGAUGGUGUCCGACUACCUCAUGAGCCCGCAGAACUUUUCACACAUCCUCAUGCUGGAUGCGGAUGCUGCGCUGGUGCAGCCCUCAAAAGACACGCUCAGCGGCAUCGCUGACAUCUUGCAGGACAAGGGGGUCGACCUCUUCAUGACCAACGAGGACUGGCUGCUGUACGGCGAGAACCGCAUCAACGGCGGCCUCAUGAUGGCCAAGAACACGCUCUUCACCCGACAGCUGUUUCAAGACACGUUCGACGCGCACAUCCAGGGCCCCAAGAAGCUGAAGAACUGGAGGAUAGGGGUGGACCUGAUGGAGUGCAGCAGCAACGAGCAGAUCUGCCUGAACGAGCUGUGGUCUGGGUCCGGCAGGGCGCACUUCGCCCACAAAGCGAUGAUGGCCAGCGGGAAGCGGUACAACCGCGGCGCCGAGAGGGGCAUCGACGGCCUUGACGUGGAGCUGAUGCACUGGAUGGGCGGCUCCAAGGGCACCGCGGGCAGGGCGCUGUGCCGCGGGCGCGGCGGCGACCUCACGGGCGAAGGGCCGAAUGGGUACGGCUGCCGAGGCUGCAACGACCUCGAUCCCGGAACCGUCUCUGCAGUGGUGGAGGCGCUCGAAGCAAGAGCUACCGGGGAAUCCAGGCGACUCAGGGUGGCAGGCGGGGCACCGACGGUAGGCCCAGGCCCAGGUUUCGCCUUUCUGCGGUGGGUCAUAUUCGACAAUUUCUGGGGCUGGUACUGCGAGAUCUGCCAGAAAAACGUGGGGGACAAGGUAUGGCACCAGGGUGGCAACCUGUGGACCAUGACCCUAGGUGCGUCCACCCCAGACAUCCCGCGCUUCCAGUACCUAGGCUGGACGCUCUUGGCCAACCUGGCGAUCGGGCACCUCCGCAACGACUGGGAUUAUGAUGACGGCGACCGGGACGGGGUUCCGACCUGCUACCCGCCGGCACGGGCAGCCCUGGAACGGCUCGCGCGGGCCGCCGCGCUGCUCGCCGUGGGCAGCGGCGCGGAGGGCCCCGGGCCGGAGGGCAGGUGGCGGCCAGUCUUCUGGGAGCCAGUGCCCUUCCACAGCCGCCCGGGCCACGGCGAGGCCGCGGGGCGCUUCGGCGGCGAGCCCCGGGGCGCCAGGCUUGAGGCGCACUGCGACGAGUGGGAGAGGUCGCUGGCCGAGCGCACGCAGCAGCUGCGGGAGCGUGCCGAGGCCUUCCGUGCGCAGUGGGACGAUCAGAUGAUCGCGUUCUUCCACUUCAUCGUUUUCCGCCUUGUGUCCAUCCAGGACGCGGCGGCGGCCGCCGCGCCCGAGACGCCGCGGCACCCCGGCGCCGCGCCGAGGGGCGCCCCGGGGGCGCGGCCGCAGGCCGCGGGCUGGAGCGAGGUGGAGGUCCUGGUGUGCGUGCCGGGCCCCCUCGACAGCGCUGCGUCGGGGUUCCCGGUGCACAAGAUCCUGUGGACCUCGUCGGGCCUGUCGCUCGUGAACGUCUGCGAGCGCGCGGCGGUCGUGGGGCAGCCGGAGCCGCUGGAGGCGCUGGGGAUGCUGGCGACCUUUCUGGAGCAGACGCGGGGCCAGGGCCAGGAGCCGGACGGCCGGCUCUACCUCGUCGUCCCGUGGGCGAACGCGGUCUUCAACGCGCUGCCGGCGGCGGCGGAGGCGGCCGAGGUCGUCGAUCGGUACGAGCGCGCGGCUGCCGAAGAGCUGGGCCCGGGGUGGGCUGCGCGCGGGGUGGCGCCGCCGGCGGUGGCGGCCCAGGAGGCGCUGCAGGGAGGCUUCGGCGCGCUGGCGGGGCCCGCCGAGGCGCUCGCAGAGGCUCGGGGAGGGAGGGAGGAGGAGGAUGCGUGCGUCCUCCAUGGCCGCCCCUUCGGGCAGAGGCUUCGUCCGCGCUGCCGCCUGCGGCCGCCUUGCUGCGGCGCUUCGCGGCAGAAAGCCCAGGAAGGGUGGUGCUGGACCACGGGCAGCUCCUGUUCGGGAGCUUGGCGCCAAGGGCCCCCCAGAGCGGUCCAGGCUGCCUCGCGCGGGACGGCGCUAAGCAGUGCACCACCGACAGCGCCCUCGACCAGGCCAUCGAGGCCUUCGACGCCGGCUGGGCCGUCAAGGGCUGCAGCGUGCGGCGCACGGCGGGCCCGGAGCAGCUGGAGGAACUUCCCGUCCUGUGGUGCGGGGACGGCCCGGCCAAGUGGGUGUAUUUGCUCGUGGUCGACGGCCUGUCAACGUCCUGCCCCACGGUGGCGAGGCUCGUGCUGCACUACCAGCCAACGGACUGGCUGGACCGGCUCUUCAACACCAACCAUGCGGUCGCGCCGGCAGGGACCAUCGCCGCCCGCCCGGACAGCGGCCGGUGA